UUAUGUAUAACAAAAAUAAAAAAGUGGCUUUCAUUUACUUCAAAGUUCAAACCAUUCAAAUAUAACCGACUUAACUACCAUCCUUUUCUUUUCAUUUUUUCUCCUUCCGUACUGCUCAAAUUUCCUAUCCCAAUCGAAAUUAGGGCUUUUUGUUUCUUGAUCAAAUUUGAAGGUAACACCAAAUCUUUCAAUAUAUACUUCAAUUCGCGCGAUCUCUUCCCUAUUGCAGUUUUUAGAAAUCGGAAUUUUGCAAGGGAUCAUGUGGCCGGUCUAUUGCUGCAACUUUGAGUCGCAGUCGGACUUCGAAAAUUUGUUCCCCAAAUACGGAAGAAUUGAGAGUAUUGUCGUGAAAGAAGGACCUUUUCCAUGGAAAAAGAUAACAAGAAUCGUAUAUUGGGUUGCCAUCUCGAAUGCAAGAAGGGCUACCUAUCUACUUGCCAGAUCUCUCUCACACACAAAUGGAAAUGUUGUGCAUGUUUCUGAUCAUAAUACCAUGCUGCCACAAUAGUUAUAGGGGACAUUCCAUGCCAACCACACUAAUCAUAAGGACGUCCACGAGCUGUUUCAUUCACAUGUCUCCAUUUACUGAACGUUGUUUUAAAUAUUGGUGAAGCCAUGAUUAGCAAUAAUUGCUCGACUUCUCAUGGCCGUGAUUUUAGUUAGCCUACUGUUCAUCAUGCAAGUUCUCUAGCUCCCAUGUUUUCAGUCUCUGUUCUUUAUUUUUUGGUUGCAAACAUUUUUCUCUUAGUGAUGCUACUGUCAGCUCGGGGGAGUGAUAAACAGUCCUGUUGUGUUACUCAUGCUAGUUAGUACUUGGUAGGCUUUGCAUUUGUCUAUUUCGAGGAUAAAAAUGAUGCGGAAGCUGCCAUCCGUGGUCUUGAUGGCAUACUGAUUGGGCAUAUGGGACGGAGAUUACAUGUUGACUGGGGCACGGACACGGGAGAGCAUAGGCAUCAUGAUGGUUCAGAAUCAAACGCAAGACCAAAUAAAACCCUUUUUGUGAUACACUAUGACCCUGUUCGUACUCGAGAUCGUGACAUAAAAAGCCACUUUGAGCAUUAUGGGAAGGUUCUCAAUGUAACUAUGCGUCGGAAUUAUGCUUUUGUGGACUUUGCAACUCAGGAAGAUGCCACAGAAGCUCUGAAACGCACCCAUAGGAGUAAGAUAUUCGAUAGAAUUAUUUCUGUUGGUUAUGCUUUCCAAGAUGAUGAUGACAAGCAUAACGGAAGGCGUAGAAAUGAUGCUCCACUGAGGUCAUCCAUUCCAGCAUACCGCCAUGGUCAAGCUAGUCCUGAUUAUGGGAGGUACGAUGGUCAUUCACAUCCAUAUCGCGCGCGAGCAAGUCAUGUUUAUGAUAAGCAUGGUGGUCCUUCAAAUUCAAGGGCCAGGAGACCUUUCCGUGCGCGAGCAAGUCAUGUUUAUGAUAGAAACGAUGGUCCUUCAAAUCCAAAGGCCCGGAGUCCUUCACAUGCCCGAGCAAGUCCUGUUUAUGGUAGAUACGAGGGUCCUUCAAAUCCAAGGGGAAGGAUUCCUUACCAUGUGCGAGCAAGUCCUGUUUAUAAUUGGUACGAGGAUCCUUCAAAUCCAAGGGCCAGGAUUCCUUACCAUGUGCGAGCAAGUCCUGUUUAUGAUAAGUACAGGGGCCACGAAUCCUGACAGCGCGUGAUAUGGAAGUAGGUCACCUGUGCCAAGCCUGAGACCAUGAUGAGAUAAAAGAUACAUACUUCAGUAGUGUCGAGUAAAUAUCCCGUGGACGAAUGUGUAUGAACUUGUUCUCUAGUUUCACUAUGAAGUUUGGUUUGUCACUGGUGUCAAUAUUGACAAUCUUGAUUUUUAUCCAGCACAAAUGUGUUUUCAUUCAAUCGGGACUGUCCACGUGUGCAGCCCCGUCAUCAUCUGCUGUGCGUGCGAGAAAAGAAAGACUCUUCCGUUUUUCAACUGAUCAAAACGAAUCAUCAAAUCACAUAGUAAAGUUUAGAUGAUUUUGGCUUAUGAUCUGUUGGGAAUUGUAGAAAAACUAUGUUACUUCUUUACCUGAAAUGCCUUUGAAACAAUACCACUUUAUCA